AUGCAUAUAAAUAUAUUCUUACCUUAGCCUCUUACCCAAUCUUACCAGUUCUUUCAUCUCUGUCUGAUCUCUCUUUUCAUUGGCUCCUCUAUUCACACUUUUGGCCCUCCUUCUCCUCUGGCCUCCUCCUGCAUCUCCUUCUUUUUGUCUAUGGUUGUGAGUCAUAACGUCAUUGCGCUUAUAAUUAGGUUUACCUCCUUCCUUCCUCCAUUUUUGCAAACUCGACUCGGUGCUUUAGGGACCUCUCUCUAAUCUCUUCUUUGAUAUAUCCUCAAGCUACAGAGAAAGAGCUGAGAUCGAUGGCGGAAUGCAACAGAGGCCAAGAAGAAUGUUUUGCUUCCCAAGGCGAAGAGGCAAAGACCAGUACAGAGAAGAAGUAUGGAGCGCUGGUGCCAAAGAAAAAGCCAUUGAUUUCAAACGAUCAUGAACGUGCAUUCUUUGAUUCAGCAGACUGGGCAUUAUGCAAGCAAGGUGCUGGAGUGAAUACAAAAACAACAGCAGCAGUGGAGACCCUGCAGCCAAAACUGCAGAGAACACCUCACCAACAGCUCCCUCCCAGGAGGCCUGCUUGUACAUCCGGUUGAGAUGGAAUGAGAGUGUAGAACUGUACGUGUUCAGGAAUCAGACAAGUUUUUGUGUGAUGUUGUCACAGAAAUCAUACUGUUCAUAAAAUGGCAUACAUUACAUUAAUGGCCUAAGCGCUUUUACAUGUGCACUUGCUUCUAAUAAAAAGGUUUUCAUUA